CAGGGGAGACCACUCCACACCAAGGCACACUGCAGUUCUUUGAUGGCUGACAAUAGCACGCCGGACAACUUCUCCACCGCCGCCAAUGGGAGCUCCUGUGACGUACUCGUCUACGGGACUCCGGCGCUGGUCAUUUUCCCCGUGUUCUACUCGCUGGUGUUCCUCGUCAGCGCCUGUGGCAACAGCCUGGUCCUCUACGUCAGCUGUGGGAAGAAGGGGCAGAAGUUCAACUCCACGUCGGUGUACCUGGUGAACCUGGCGCUGUCCGACGCCCUCUUCACCCUGGCCCUCCCAGGCAGGGUGGUCUACUACAUCCGGCAGUUUGACUGGCCGUUCGGAGACCUGCUCUGCCGGCUGACGGCUGUUUUGUUCUUCACCAACACCUACACAGGUAUCGCCUUCAUGACCUGUAUUAGCCUGGACCGCUUCCUGGCCAUGGUUCACCCUCACCGUCUGCAGCGUCUGCGUGGAGCGAGGGUGGUCCGCGGGGUCUGCUGCCUUGUCUGGCUCCUGGCUUCUGUUCAGACGUCCCCGCUUCUAUUCCGGCCCAUGCUCCAGGAGCAGCAGGGCAGGCGCACCUGCAUGGAGUACUUCAACUUCGACGGCUCUCCCUCCACCCCCUACCUGCUCCUCCUGGCCUGCCUGCUCUCCUUCUGCUUCCCCCUGCUGGCCAUCCUGGGCUGCUACACCCAGAUCCAGCUCAAGCUGCGGGCCAGCGCCAAGCAGAACCCGCUGACCGGCCGUUCUGGCCGGAGCCAAAGGGCCAACACCAUCAUCCUCCUCAUCCUUCUCACCUUCGUCCUGUGCUUCAGCCCCUACCACCUCAACAUCAUGAGGUUCAUGGUUAGGAAGAUGGUUGGCCAGCCCACUUGCCCCGAACUGAGAGCAUUCAAGGUGUCUCUUCAGGUGACUGUGUCUAUGAUGAAUCUCAACUGCUGCCUAGAUCCAGUCAUCUACUUCUUUGCUAUAAAGACCUACAAAAAGAGGGUGUUAAGUCUGUUUAAGGGUUACCUGUCCGCCUCUGGACCCUCCUCCAAGACCACCACGGACAACAGCAGCAGCAACACCUGAACCUGAACCCCCAGGCAGAGAUCAGAGACCAUUGAAGUCUGAGGCGAGAGAGAGGAUGCUCUGGAAGAGGAAGUGGGAAACCUUAUCUGGUUACUUUACCAGUUGCUUGGGUGUGUUGAUGUUCUUGUGUCUGAUAGCACUUGACUUUAGCUCAUUGUUGACAUGGACAAGCCCUGAACAAUUUUCUGGGGAAAUUCCGAUCUGUCAGUGACAUUUGAUCUGUGGCUAAGUAGUGUGACAAUGACAACUAUGACAGCAAAGGUUCAGUCAUGUGAAUCAGCAAAGCCUGUUAAUUUACUGGAAAAGACUGAAAUGUAUUAAAUUUACAACUGCUAUUCGUUAGAUUAUGUUGAAUCUUUUAACUCUUGGCUGACUAACUUGAAAUAUAAUUUUGUACAUGUAAAACAUUACCGCUGUCUGUUAGAUCAACUUUGUGCUGUACUCAAGUUGACUGGUUACAUAAGGCCAGUGCCUUUUCUAUGAAGUCAACAGUACUAUUGCUUUUUUUCCUUGUGUUGUUCCUUUUUUGUAGAUACAAUUUGUCUAGCUUUGUCUAGCUAGUGUGUGCUUUUGUUGUAUCUUUGUGGUUUGGUACGUCUGUCCUAAGGAACAAAAAAGUAUUUCAUUUCCUCUUUAUAUUGAUAACAAAAACACACAGACAUAAAUGUCAGUGUAGUUUUCUUUAAAAAACUGUCAUUGGUUUAUUGACACCUGUUUAUUGGUUGAUC